AUGUCGCCCGAUUGGAGAAGUGAUAUCGUUUGCGGGACACCUUCACAAGGGGCAGACAACGGCAAGGAACGCUGUGGAGGACCAGGACCCGCUGGUCAACCCGGAGGUCGAGGACAGCCAGGAAGAGACGGUCAACCCGGAAGACGUGGAAACCCUGCAGGUCCGGGAGGAGACGCGGCUUACUGCCCGUGCCCACCUCGCUAUGCUGCUUCUGCACGUGCACGCAAGGCACGCGCUUGA